CCGACACUUCGGUCGGUGUUUUUAGGUCCUAAAAUAUUUUAUACCACCAAAGUAACAAAUUUAAAACUAUAUUUAGGAGUAUAUGAUUGUCACGACUGGCCAGGACUGUUGCCUCGUGGUAGUGUCCAAAGUAUGGAAGACGAGGACGACGAAAGCGAUUUCUCUUCUUCGCUCUCCGAUCCCAGCGAUUCAAGCCACGAAAAUCUCCUAGAUGAAUCUGCUAAUGACAGUGACGAUGAACGCAAAUCCCAAAAUGUGGACGCUCUUGUGAGAGGCAACCUUGUGGUGAAAAGACAGUCACUACUUCCACGAGUUCUUUCAGUGACGGAUGGAGCAGCUGUUGUUAGAAAGCCUUUUAAGCCUCCCUCAGGUAGUGGCUACAGCAAUGACAAUGAACAGCUUGUUCGCCGUCUCUGGGCUCGUAAGCGGUUUGUUCCCUGGGGUUCCACAAGGCCAGCAUUGGUUGCCAUUACUGAUAAGCUGAAUAUCCCAAGUGCUAUUGAGAAUGAAGUGUCUGAUGAGAUUGUGAGUCUACCAGAAGGUGUCGAACCAUUGGUAUUGUGGCAGCCGCAAGAAUGCGAAGGAGGAGCCAAUAAUCUGUUUCCCAUAGUAGUGGAUCCCUUGCUUGUUCGUUUCCUUCGGCCCCAUCAAAGAGAGGGUGUUCAGUUCAUGUUUGAAUGCGUUUCGGGAUUAUGUAGUACUGCCGACAUAUAUGGAUGCAUUCUGGCUGAUGAUAUGGGUUUGGGAAAGACUUUGCAGUCAAUCACAUUGUUGUAUACUCUUCUUCGUCAGGGAUUUGAUGGGAAAGCAAUGAUUAAGAAGGCAAUCAUUGUUACUCCUACCAGUCUUGUAAGUAACUGGGAUGCUGAAAUUAAGAAGUGGGUUGGAGAAAGAGUCCAGGUUGUUGCGCUCUGUGAAAGCACCAGAGAUGAUGUUCUCUCUGGAAUUCAUAGUUUUACCAGUCCCAUCAGUCCGGUACAGGUAUUGAUUGUUUCCUAUGAAACAUUUCGGAUGCAUUCUUCAAAAUUUAGCCAGAAUGGGUCCUGCGACCUUCUCAUCUGUGAUGAAGCUCACCGGCUGAAAAAUGAUCAGACAUCCACAAAUAAAACAUUAGCUGCUCUCUCAUGCAAGCGCCGCAUUUUAUUAUCAGGAACUCCAAUGCAGAAUGACUUAGAAGAGUUCUAUGCAAUGGUUAACUUCACUAAUCCUGGAAUAUUGGGUGAUGCUGGAUAUUUUCGACGUUACUAUGAGACUCCAAUCAUUUGUGGUAGAGAACCGUCUGCCACUCAAGAAGAGAAGAAGCUUAGUGUUGAGCGCUCUGCGGAAUUAAGUGCAAAAGUAAAUCAGUUCAUAUUGAGAAGGACCAAUGUGUUGUUAUCGAAUCACUUACCACCAAAGAUAAUUGAGGUUGUUUGCUGCAAGUUAACUCCUCUCCAGUCAGAACUAUAUAACCACUUUGUACAGUCAAAAAAUGUUAAAAGAGCAAUUACUGAAGAAGCGAAGCAAUCAAAAAUCUUGGCAUACAUUACUGUUCUCAAGAAGCUGUGCAACCAUCCUAAGCUUAUAUUUGAUACGAUAAGAAGUGGGAGUCCUGGAACAUCAGGUUUUGAGGACUGUUUGCGUUUUUUCCCUUCGGAGAUGUUCUCUGGAAGAUCUGGAACAUGGACUGGUGGUAAUGGCGUUUGGGUUGAACUAUCUGGGAAAAUGCAUGUCUUAGCUCAGUUACUGGCCCAGCUACGUCAAAGAACAGAUGACCGAAUUGUCCUUGUUUCGAACUACACACAGACACUGGAUCUUUUUGCUCAAUUGUGUCGUGAGAGAAGAUAUCCAUUCUUAAGGCUUGAUGGAACUACAUCAAUCAGUAAAAGACAAAAGUUGGUCAACCGUUUUAAUGAUCCAUCAAAGGAUGAGUUUGUCUUUCUCUUGAGCAGCAAGGCUGGUGGUUGUGGCCUCAAUUUAAUAGGUGGAAAUAGACUAAUCUUGUUUGAUCCUGAUUGGAAUCCUGCAAAUGACAAACAGGCUGCUGCAAGGAUCUGGAGGGAUGGACAGAAAAAGAGAGUAUACAUAUAUAGGUUCUUGAGUACUGGAACCAUUGAAGAAAAGGUAUACCAGCGUCAGAUGUCAAAAGAAGGGCUUCAGAAAGUUAUUCAGCAGGAGAAAACAGAUGGCUUCAACACCCAUGGGAACCUUCUUUCAACAGAAGAUCUACGCGAUCUAUUCACAUUUCAUGAGAACGUGAGAUCACAAAUUCAUGAAAAGAUGAGUUGCACUCGUUGUCAAACCUGUGAGAUAGUGGUAGAGGACAGACCUAACAACGCAAGGGAGAUUGAUGGAGUUGGAUCAAGAAAUGAAGGUUGUCAGUCUGAUGAAGAGGAUAUUGGGGGAUUUGCUGGCAUUGCUGGUUGCUUGCAUAAGUUAAAAAGCUCAGAGAAGCAGGUGGGAAGUCCUUUGGAAGAGGAUUUAGGUAGUUGGGGGCAUCAUUUUUUCCCAGCAUCAGUCCCUGAUGUUAUUUUUCAAGCUUCAGCCGGAGAGGAGGUCACAUUUGUUUUCACUAAUCAAGUGGAUGGGAAGCUUGUGCCUAUUGAAUCAAUGUUAUGCUCAAAGCUCAAUGGAGUGGAAGGAGAUAAGCAGUCUAUUUCAAAGGAAAAUCUAAGCCCGAAAUGCAUGUUAUCUUCUCAACAUCAACGGCCAUUUCCAUCUUCUAAUUUUCGUUCUGUCCAGAAUAGGUUACCUUCUUCGUUCAAGUCUCAUAAAAGAGCACACACAACACUGGUAAGAAAUUCUCUAGAAGGUGUGCCAAAUGCUACGAAGCCUGGACUAACACUUGGAGAUCAAUUACCUAAAAAAAGAUUGUCUCCAGAAUCCAUAGACGAUGAUGAUGAUUUCAAGUAAAUUCUUGAAUAGUUCAAAUGAAUUAUUUCCCUUCAUUUUUGUUCUCAAA